AUGGCUGAGCCGGGCUCUCCGGCUGGCGCUGCUGGUGGUAACCAAGCUGCCGCAGACCAGUCGAAAGUGAAGCAACUUUUCAAUUUUACUCAAAUUUUCUUCUUCUCCCUGACGUUUAUGUCUAGCUGGGAGUCGAUGGCCUUAAAUUUAACCGCUGUCUUUACCAAUGGCGGCCCUCGGGCUUUGGCUUGGGGUAUCAUUGUCGUCGUCGCUGGCGGGUUGGCUCAGUCUGCCUCAAUGGCAGAGAUGGCUUCCAUGCAGCCCAUUGCCGGUGCCCAGUACCACUGGACCCAUUACCUCGCUCCUCAAAAGCAUAGAAAAUUCAUUACUUGGAUGCAAGGCUGGAUUACCUGGUUUGCUUGGGUAUCACUCCUUGCGGGCGUGGCCAACACUACGGCCAAUAUGAUCCAAGGCCUAGUGACCGUGAAUUUUCCCGACUAUCAACCUGAGAGAUGGCAUCUUACAUUUAUCAUUUUUGCCAUGUUGGCAGUCGAAGGACUAAUGAACAUGUACACCUUCUGGCUGAUCCCAUGGAUCGAACUCCUGGCCGGAAUCCUACAUGUGGUUCUUUUUAUCGUCUUCGUUGUCGUUCUUGUAUCUAUGGCUCCUCGUCAUACCCCUGGCUGGGUGUUUGGAGACCACUCCUCAUCCUCAGGAUGGAACAGCGAAUUCAUAUCUUGGAAUUUAGGUUUACUUACACCCACUUGGGGAUUUGUAGGGUUUGACGGAGCCGUUCACAUGAGCGAGGAAGUCCGUCGAGCAAAGCAGGCUGUCCCCAGGUCUAUGGUCUGGACAGUUGCAACUAACGGGGUUCUUGCAUACGCAAUAAUAAUCACCAUCCUUUUUACCAUGGGCCCAAUUGACGGCGUUCUAAAGUCAAACUUCCCCAUUAUCGAAAUAUGUCGACAGGCUACUGGCUCCGUGAGAGCCGCAACAGCCAUGGUAUCGGGUUUACUCAUCAUUUCCCUUGCCGUUAACCUUGCUAGUAUUGCAUCAACAUCACGUCUUACUUGGGCAUGGUCUCGAGACGGGGGUCUUCCAACCUGGUUCUCGGCAAUUGACCAAAGACACUGUGUCCCCGUUCGUGCUGUCUGGCUUUCUAUUAUCAUCGUCAUGGUGCUCGCGUGCUUAAACAUAGCCAGUACUACUGCUUUUAGCGCAUUCAUCGCUCUCUCUAGUAUUGGGCUGUUUAGCUCUUACUUCAUCGCCAUUGGCUGCAUGGUAUUUGCGCGGUUCUCCCGAGAUCGCCCCCUAGAGCUCGGAGAGUGGAACAUGGGCAAGUACGGCCUGGCUGUCAACUUAUUUGCAAUGUUUUACACUGCAUAUGUGACAAUCUGGCUACCCUUCCCCUCCCUUCUCCCAGUUAGUGCGCAGAACAUGAAUUACUCUUUGCCAAUUUUCGCAUUUAGCACACUAUCUGCGGUACUAUAUUGGUUCAUCAGGGGCAAGAACCACUGGGGUGGCCUGAACAAGGAGGUUAUCCGAUUGGUUGUUGAACGAGGCGAACUGAGUUUGAUCAGCUGA